UAUACACACAAACGUAAGAUUGUACAAUUGUACAUCUUCUUGAAUAUCAAUAUCAAAUAAAAGCUAUUUAAAGGUCCAUCAUAAUCUUGGUUCAUGCUCACUCCAACAACCUUAGUCCUAUUUCUCUUUCUAUAGCCGUUACCACUUUCCAUUUUUCAUCAACAAUAAUUUCAAAACCAAGUUUCCCAAUUAACCAUGCAACAUCUAAAGCAACCUUCUUUAAAUCACCACUAAACCAUUGCCAUCAAAAAAUUAAACUCUCAUCAUAACUUCCACCAAAUGGGUUGCUGUAUGAGCACCCCAAAAGAUGACAAAAAUACCCUCAAAAACCAAGAACAUGCCAUGCAAGAAGCAAAAGUUCCACAGCCACAGCCAGUAUCAAAAUCACCACCACUCACUGUUGAAGAAGAGUCUGUGAAAGAAGUUCUAUCUGAAACAGAAACACCCAUUUCAAAACCUCAAAAAGUUUCAAUUUUGACACAAGAAACAAAGACCCAAAUGCAUAACAUGGAGAUUACAAAGGAACCCAUCAUGAACAAAGCAUUUGAAGAACCCUCUGAAGUUUCUCUCCUUUCAGAAACAUGCAGUGUUGGCGAGACUUUCUCCACCACUACCACCGCCACCACCGUGCCGGAAUCGAGAGAAGAUGAAGUUACAAGCAAGCGAAGAAUCAGAGAGGGAACUCGAAACCGGAAUCGAAAUCGAAUUCACUCCGAUGUAUCAAGGAAGCAUUCUUACACAGUUGAAGGGAACAGAGUCGGAGGGAGAGAGAAACGCCGGCACAAAUCACCGGCGAGGGUACCCGAUAUUCUACCGGAGAAGAAGAUUUUAGUGAGUGCAGGAUCGGUUCGUCGGAGGGAGUUUCCUGAAAAAGUCCGCCGUGAUCCCGGCGAAAGUGUCCGCCGGAGAUCGAGGUCGCCGUCGUGUCACAGAACUGUUGGCACUGGCAACAGUCAUUAUCGGAGUGAGCUCAGGCAGACAGAUAGGGCCGGCCGGCGGUUGGCGCCACCGGGUAAGUGUGAGAGAGAGGAGGUCAUCGGGGAGACAGACGACGGCGUUUUAAUGGAGGAGUCAAUUAUGAAUCCGCAUGUUUCUUUGGAGUGUUUUAUUUUUCUGUAGAUUUCAGAAGCACGUUUAAGCGAUUUUCAAGGGAUUGUUUUGUAGAAGCGAUUUUCACAUUAACAACUUUUUUGUUUGUUUUGUCUUACAAGUUAUGUUUGGAUUUAGAAUGAGGUUUGUCAAAAAUUUUGUCAAACCAAACAUGGACAAAAUUGAGAUUGUUUGAGUGUUUGUUUGUGUUUUGACUGUGUGUCUUUUUCUCAUGAAAUUGCUUGUGUAUAUUACUAAUAAUGUACAUCUUGUAUUGUUUAGGUUUAAGUGUGUGUUUGUUUCAAAGAUUGUAAUGUUGUUAUCAUGAAUGUGAGAUUAAGAUAGCAACAUUUCUAUGUU